AUGGCUUCUCCAAGGUUAGAAACCUACUGCUGCCCAAACCGGGAUGCAGCUACACAGCUGGUGAUGGACUUCCAGCCCAAAGUCUUCUGUGGAGUCUGCAUUGGCAGUGCUUCCAUCAGCCUGCUGCUGACCAUCCUGCAGCUCCUGCCAAAGAAGGGACAGAGCCCACGGAAGAUGCCCAAAGCCUCCUCCUCCUCCACCAUCCUUCUCCUUAUCUCCAUUUGUGACAUCCUUGGAAGCUUAGGUAUGAUCUUCAGAUCAAGUGUGUGGCUGGGCUUCCCGGGCUUCAUAGCUAACAUUUCUGUGGUCAACGGGACUGACGUGUGGCCUUCCACUUUCUGUGUGGGGAGCGCGAUGUGGAUCCAGCUGUUAUACAGCGCUGGCUUCUGGUGGUUGUUCUGCUAUGCUGUUGAUUCUUACUUGGUGGUGAGAAGAUCAGCUGGACUGAGUACGAUUGUGCUGUACCACAUGAUGACGUGGGGCCUCGCAGUGAUGCUCUGCGUGGAGGGCAUUGCUCUGCUUUACUACCCUUCCCUCUCCAGCUGUGAAAAUGGCUUGGAACAUGCAAUCCCACAUUACAUCACAACCUAUGCCCCACUCCUGCUAGUGCUUGUGGCCAACCCAAUCCUGUUUAGGAGGACAGUAUCAGCAGUUGCCUCCUUACUGAAAGGGAGACAAGGGAUUUACACAGAGAAUGAAAGACGUCUAGGGACAGAGAUCCAGAUGCGCUUCUUCAAAAUUAUGCUGGUGUUUGUUAUUUGCUGGUCAUCCAAUGUCAUCAACGAGACCCUUUUGUUCUAUCUUGAAAUGCAGCCAGAUAUCAAUGAAAUGCCCCUGAGAAACAUCAGAAGUGCUGCACUGAUCACCUGGAUUAUAAUGGGUGUUCUUAAUCCCAUGCAGGGCUUUCUCUUCACAUUAGCUUUCUAUGGCUGGACAGGAUGGAGAGUGGACCUGAAGUGGCGAAAAAGAGAAAUACCGUGGGAAUCUAUGUCCUCAUCAACAGUGGGGGAAAACACCUAUCCUGCACCAGUGAACUACCAAACCAACAUCCAUGACUCCAAGAAGAUCUUGACACCUGACAGCCAGCAGACUGAUGAGGCCAUAUGCAUGUUGUCUGAAGGUAACACCAGCAGUGAUGAGAGAUUAACCAGAAGCUCUCCCAUCUACCAGGGCUGGUAGUUUUCAUGUGCAGAGCUGGAUCUAACUUUUCACACUGUCAAUACUCACAAAGCCACGUCAGUGUGUGAAUCAUUGCGUACUCUGGAAUUAGGUUUGUGCUCAAUGCCUUGAUGUCAUUUCCUGUAACUUGUGACACUGUGCAAGAGACGGUGUGAGACAGAGAGAUAUGGUGUAUGUCUUCAUUUGCCUUCUAGGAGAAGUAAACCAGUAUAAAGGCUUGAACCUUUUUCAGCAGGAGUAUAUCUCUGCAAAGAUAU